AUGGGUCAAGCACUUGGCUUGAUUCAAGUGGAUCAAUCCACAGUAGCCAUCAAGGAAUCUUUUGGGAAAUUUGACGAAAUCCUAGAGCCUGGAUGUCACUUCUUGCCAUGGUGCAUAGGGAAGCAAAUUGCUGGGUAUCUGUCACUCCGUGUGCAGCAGCUUGAUGUCCGCUGCGAAACAAAGACAAAGGAUAAUGUCUUCGUCAACGUUGUGGCAUCUGUGCAAUAUCGUGCCCUUGCUGAAAAGGCAUCUGAUGCAUUUUACAGGCUUAGUAACACCAGGGAGCAAAUCCAGUCAUAUGUCUUUGAUGUCAUCAGGGCAAGUGUUCCAAAGAUGAACUUGGAUGAUGCCUUUGAGCAGAAGAAUGAAAUCGCCAAAGCUGUAGAAGAUGAACUUGAAAAGGCAAUGUCUAUGUAUGGAUAUGAGAUUGUGCAGACUCUGAUUGUUGAUAUUGAGCCCGAUGGGCAUGUGAAGAGAGCCAUGAAUGAGAUCAAUGCAGCUGCUAGGCUGAGGCUGGCUGCCACUGAGAAAGCUGAGGCAGAGAAGAUACUGCAGAUCAAGAGAGCUGAAGAGAAGAUACUGCAGAUCAAGAGAGCUGAAGGUGAUGCAGAAUCCAAGUACUUGGCGGGUCUGGGUAUCGCAAGACAGCGCCAGGCUAUAGUGGAUGGGCUGAGAGACAGUGUUCUUGCUUUCUCUGAGAAUGUUCCUGGGACCUCUGCAAAGGAUGUCAUGGACAUGGUUCUGGUGACCCAGUACUUCGACACCAUGAAGGAGAUUGGGGCCUCAUCCAAGUCCUCGUCGGUCUUCAUCCCUCAUGGACCAGGUGCUGUCAGAGACAUCGCAGCGCAGAUAAGGGAUGGUCAGCUCCAGGCCAGUCUGCUGUGA